CUUCAAGAAAUAAUGACGCUUAUAGAUUCAUAAGUGUCUAAGUGACAACGAAACGUCCCGUAGCAUAAAAUUCAUUGAACUAAGUGACAGCUUAACUAAGUUAUGAAAAUAAUAUAAUAGUGUCCCGAUUUAUCCCAGAUUAGUGAUUCCAAAAUGCGCUUCGAAUUUACGAGAAGGCAGUGGUUGACGGUUGUGGUUAUUUCAAUCGCUGAUUUUUGUAACGCUAUUUGUGUUGCACUUCAAGCGCCGUUUUUUCCACACGAGGCUGAGUUAAAAGGCUGUUCAGCGACCGAGUAUGGUCUCGUGUUUGGUGUGUUCGAGCUGGUGGUAUUCAUCAUUAGUCCGUUCUAUGGUACCCAUCUGAACAGACUUGGACCGAAGUUAGUGUUUAACGCGGGGAUUUUAACAACUUCAACAUGUGCGAUACUAUUUGGGUUGCUAGACAAAGUCGAAGGCCACAUACCAUUCGUGACACUGGCAUUCACGAUACGUAUCAUAGAGGCUAUGGGAAACGCUGCCUUCUUGACUGCUUCCUUCGCUAUCAUUGCAAAAGAAUUCCCUAACAAUGUUGCUACAAUGUUUGCAUCUUUAGAGACGUUUUUUGGCCUCGGUCUGAUCGUGGGUCCCAUGCUCGGUGGAGCUCUGUACAGCUGGGGUGGCUAUUCACUACCUUUUGCUGUCUUGGGCUUUACGCUCUUCUGCACCGCUAUCCUUUGCUACGUGACUUUACCAAAGACAUCUGAUGAUGAAGAUAUUAAGCCUACUGGACCAACAAUGAUGUCAUUACUGAAAAUCCCUGGAGUCCUGUUAGCUGCAAUUAGUAUCAUAUCGACGAGUAUGAGCAUUGGAUUUCUACAGGCCACUCUGGAACCACAUCUACGACAGUUUAAAUUUUCUCCCGUAAUAUUGGGUUUGAUCUUCAUAAUUAAUGGCGGCAUAUACGCACUGUCUGCCCCGACUUGGGGCUGGAUGUGCGAUCACCCUUCUAUCAAACCUAAAUAUGUAACAGCACUUGGCCAUUUAUUCGUUACGGGAGCGUUCGUGCUUGUGGGUCCGGCACCUUUUAUCGAUAUGCCAACGAUGUUAUGGGUUACAAUCGCUGGUCUGGUGCUGCACGGUUUGGGAAUUGGCAGUCUUCUCGUCUCUUCAUUUUCAGAUGCUCUUGGAACAGCAAUUUCUAGCGGAUUACCCAACUCAAUAGAAACAUAUGGUCUGGUGUCUGGGAUGUGGACUUCAACUUUCGCCUUAGGUGCCUUCAUUGGUCCCACAGUGUCUGGUCUGCUCUUUGAUUCGAUCGGAUUCCGGAGUUCCACCACAUUUAUUGUCAUUCUUCAUUUGUGCGUUAUGGGAGUGGUACUUUUAUUCCUGUGUACGUGCGAGCGUUACAAGAUGGAAGUGUCGGUGUCUGCUGGCGACCUAAUGCAAUUGGACGGCACAUUAGAUGAAAGCGUCCUGAUUGGAGAUAAAUUUAUCACACCUGCUACUAGAACUAAAAGACUGUCUUAUUCUAGCCGUCGCUACGGUAUAAGCGUGGAGCAGUCCCGCCCGCCUGCCAUGAACAGCCUUAUCGCGUGCUCCAGUUUCAAGAACAGACGCAGUCCGUGGAGCCAGCGCACACCGAGAUAUCGGCCCUCCUAUGGCAGCCUGGACCACCGUUUCAGAGCAUCCCUCUCUGUAACGUAAAUUCGCCGGUUACCCAGUACACUUUUCAAAAUAUUUCUUUAAGUCGAGAUUAUAAACAAUUUAUAUCCUAGUCAAUAUCACCAAAGACACAUAUGAGUUGCGAUAAUACAGCCUUGGCGUCGAUUCUACUAACAAACUGUCAUUAAAUCGCAAUCGAAUCGAAACUUAAUCGUUACCGUUUAUCCGUUUACCUAUUCUUUAAUUUAAUUAACCAUUGAUAACAUAAAAGUUAAAAAUUAAGUAAUGUUUUGAUAUUACGGUAUAUGGUAACAUCAUAUAGGUUUCGUUUCGAUCCGAAUUGCUAUGGAAUAGUCGAAGUUGGGUUGAAAUUGAAUCGGAAAAAUAUUAUGGCCGUUAUAUAUUAGUAGAAUUGUCCUCUGAUUGUCAACUCUAGCUAACAACCUAUUUAUUAAAAUGUAACAAAUAUCAUAGAUAUUGCAUUUUUCGUUACUUUGCCGUCAUUUGUGGUACCUCUAAAGAUAAUAUAAUAUUGAGAUUAAUAUCAUUUGUAUUGAAUUGUAUUUUGAACAUAUGUACCUAAUUAUCAGGCAAAACACGGCAAUCGGUUUUUUAAUAUAAUUAUUGUACACCUAUUAUAAAUUUAUAAUUUAUUUCAUCUUAUAUUUCCAUAAUAAACGUAAUUAUUGUUAUUAUUUUAAUUGAUUUGUUUAUCUAUCCAACUUAAGUAAGAAUGCCUAAGUAGGAAUUUGUCUCUGAUAAGUGAUGGUAUAAUAUGUUUUCUUAACAAUUACAGUAAUUGAUGUAAAUAAUAAGAUAUAAAUAAAUAAAUAUUGUAAGUUUGA